ACGAAAGACAGCCAUCAUUGUGAUGAGUGGCAUUUGUAUCGAACCUCCCAGUUUCAGGUAAAUAUCGUCGAACAGGGAGCGCAAUUGAUCAUCGAUACAAUAACACGGCGAACACAAAGCAUCGAAGGUUCAUUCAAGCCUGUCUCGACGUGGAUCUAGGCUGUAUUAGUGAAGUUAGAUAGACAUAAAGUGAGCUGUUUUUUGCCAAACAAAAAGAACUUGUAAAAAUGGACGAUCGGGGACAAUACGGAGCACCUCAAAUGAUGGGAGGUUAUGGCAUGCAGCAGGAUCCAGGAAACGUCCAAGGAGGGGAUGUAAACUCCGAGCAAAGGAAACAAGAGAUCGGUGACAUUCUUCAACAGAUCAUGACCAUCACAGAUCAAAGCUUAGACGAGGCUCAAGCGAGAAAACACACUCUGAAUUGCCACAGAAUGAAACCAGCCCUGUUCAGCGUUCUUUGUGAAAUAAAAGAGAAGACUGUUCUAAGUAUCCGGGGUUCACAAGAUGACGAGCCCCCCGACCCGCAACUUAUGCGCUUAGAUAACAUGUUAAUAGCAGAGGGGGUAGCCGGGCCAGAGAAAGAUGGCGUCGGAUCGGGACCAGGCCAGCCAGAAAAUGCCAUAGAACACUCAGACUACAGAUCAAAACUUGCACAGAUUAGACAAAUAUAUCACACUGAGUUGGAGAAAUAUGAACAGGCCUGUAAUGAGUUCACGACUCAUGUGGUCAACUUACUGCGUGAACAGUCCCGCACCCGUCCUAUCGCGCCAAAAGAAAUAGAGCGCAUGGUCAGCAUAAUACGACGAAAGUUCUCCGCCAUUGAAAUGCAACUAAAACAGAGCACUUGUGAAGCUGUAAUGAUUCUACGCUCACGAUUUUUAGAUGCCAGACGAAAACGACGCAAUUUUACCAAAAAUUCCACGGUUGUAUUAAAUGAAUACUUUUACUCCCAUCUGGCGAACCCAUAUCCAAGUGAAGAAACCAAAGAACAGCUUGCCAAGCAAUGUGGUAUAUCAGUUGGCCAGGUAGGUCACAUGACAUCAAAUGUGUCACAUGACAUCAUGCAAUGCGUCAUGCGAAAAAGACGGAACUUCAGUAAAACUGCGUCUGAAAUCCUGAACGAAUAUUUCUACUCACAUCUGUCGAACCCUUAUCCAAGUGAAGAGGCUAAGGAAGAAUUGGCCCGAAAAUGUGGAAUCUCCGUGUCCCAGGUUUCUAACUGGUUUGGCAACAAACGUAUCCGUUACAAGAAGAACAUUGGCAAAGCUCAGGAGGAAGCUAAUCUGUAUGCAGCUAAAAUCGCUGCUCAAGGUGCUCAAGCUACUAACGCUGGACCGCAGACGAGCCCCGGAGACCCAAACAGUCAAGGUGCAACCAACUAUAACAUGGUACCGCGCAGUGGGAGUGGGCUGGGAUCUGGAGGCAUGUACAUGAAUUUGAAUGGGGACAAUUUCCAGCCGGAGUCAAUCGGCGCUAAUGUACAGUCGCAAGCGAGUGCACUUCGCCACGUGGUGAACCAAACUGGGGGCUAUAAUGAUGGCAUGUAUGAACCACACAUGCAACAGACUCCUUCAAGUGAGGCUUUAUCCCCAACUGACGGGUCUAGAGAUGAGAAAGAUUGGACAACUAGUAACUUUAAUCCCGGGGCUGGGGGAGAAAACAAUGACGCUACACAUUUGGAUGGAGACGAGCCCCCGAAUAAGAGGUCGAAAGUUUGAGGUGAAGGUCAAACUUCUAGGUCUUAGAGGGUAAAUCAAUACGGAGAAAGUUCAAAGAACAGAAGGGUAAAAUUUAGCAACAACAACAACAAAAAUGGGAGUGAAAUAAAAAACAUUUUAGUAAAUUGUCCAUUUUGUAUAUUCAGUCUUCUGCACAGACAUGAAAAUAUCACAAAUUAACUCAUUUUUCCAUGGAAAUUAUAGAGGAUUUAUUUAAUUUGAGUGAUUUCUUCAGACUGUGCAGUUGACUGUAGUAAUAUUAUAUUACUAGGUAGAGUUAAAGUUUUAGUUUGAAUUCACACUUAAGUGAAUUUGAAGAUUGAUAUUUCAUACAUAUACUGUGUAUACUAGCUGUACAGGUAGUUUUAGAUUAUGCUUUCUUUAUUGUACUCAGUAUAGAAGAAAGCAAUAAAACCAACAUAUAUGUGAGUG